CUUCCAAGAACAGAGACGGACCCUCCCAGGUCAUUGCGCUAAUCGCCCCCACCACAACCACGCCGGCCUUCGAUUCAAAGGCGCCGGUCAAAUCUCUCUCUCUAUCACAUGUCGCUGCUUGUCUGCAACUCCCAUGGCGUCUAAUCCUCAGCCCCCUUCAGCUACUCCCCCGCCAAAACCAUGGGAGAGAAGCGGUGCCUCUUCUGGUCCCGCACCUUUUAAACCGCCUUCCGCUGGCAGCACCAGUGAUGUAGUUGAGGCUUCAGGAACUGCAAGUCCGGGAGAAAUUGUUGCAUCCACUGACAGGACUACCACUCCUAAUAGGAAUGCUGUGGGAAGGCCUGUUCCUACGCGGCCAUGGGAGCAGCAGAGCUAUGGGAAUAAUACCUAUGGAGGUUAUGGUUCUAGUUUGAAUUACGGUUCGGGUUAUGGAUCUGGAAUGUAUGGUGGAGUAGGUGGAAUGUAUGGCAGCAGUAUGUAUGGUAACUCCAUGUAUAGGGGAGGCUAUGGAGGCCUUUAUGGAUCCUCUGGAAUGUAUGGUGGUGGAAUGUAUGGUGGUGGAUUAGGAGGACCAAUGGGCGGCUAUGGGAUGGGAAUGGGUGGCCCUUAUGGAGGUCAAGAUCCAAACAAUCCAUAUGGCGAGCCAUCUUCUCCUCCAGGGUUUUGGAUAUCAUUUUUACGGGUGAUGCAAGGAGUGGUAAACUUUUUUGGCCGCAUUUCAAUUCUUAUUGACCAAAAUACUCAAGCCUUCCACAUGUUUAUGACAGCGCUUCUUCAGCUUUUCGAUCGAUCUGGAAUGUUAUAUGGUGAGCUUGCUAGAUUUGUGUUGAGGUUGCUGGGGAUCAGGACGAAGCCCAGGAAAGUCCACCCACCAGGCCCUGACGGACUUCCAUUUCCUGGACCGGACAACCCUCAUGCCGUUCGGGGCUACAGUGAGGAACCAAAGGCCACUCCGACUGGUUCUUGGGACAAUGUUUGGGAAAAUGAUGCCUCUAGAUAAUGUUGGAUCAGCUACUUUGCCUGAGUGCACACAGAUUGGUCAAGAACGCAAUUCCUGUGCGUGAGUGCGUGCGUGUGUGGAUUUCUUGAGCGGACUGGAUCUCUGUUGUGCUUUAGUGUAAUUUGUUAUUGUGCAGAAAGCACAUAUGAUAAAUAAUAAAAGUUCGAUGGCUUGGUUGAGAAAUCUUGAUUAUAGUUGCAAUAGCUACUGGAAUGUGUUGAGUGAGAACUCAUUCCUGUUAAUUAUGUUGCACCAGUGAAUGUGUUGGAAACAGCAAAUUAAAGGUUUAUUUUGGGA